GUUUCAGUUGGUGAAACCUUAGCCUUCUCUCUUCACAACUCUGUUAUGUGGACGCUGAGGUUUCUUUCUCUGAAAACCCUCCUCACAUUUAACUGAUUUCUGUACUGAAUUGGGAAGAAAAGUUUUUUGUGGGAAAUAUCAGAUGGGUCUCUCGAAUUUCGAUCGUGCAGCCGAAAGGGUGCUGCUGGUGCUGGUUAUGAGCACAGUUUUAUCGGUUGCUCUGUUCGAGAACAUGCUGAGAUAUGUCAUAUGUGCUUCAAGUGAUGGGUGCAAUUGGGAAUUCAAAUUUAGAGGAGGACCCAGAUGGGUCUCCGAUCCGCAGGAGAAUGCCAGAGAACGGAGGAUAUCAAGUAUCAACUACCCAGUUCAAGUCUCUGUGCGGCGGCAGUGAAUGGGUAGAGUGUUGUGUGUGUUUAUGUAGGUUUGGAGCAGAGGAGGAGGUGAGUGAGUUGUCUUGCAAGCAUUUCUUCCACAGAUGGUGCUUAGAGAAGUGGUUUAAUAACAAGAACAGCACUUGCCCCCUCUGUCGAUCCACUCACUAGAUAGAAUGGGUUACGAUUUAGAGGAAUCAAAAUCAAUACUUUGGCCAUCUUUAGCUCAUUUACUUAUGUUGGUUCCUUUGUCUUCUGCAUCUUUGAGUUUGAGCAAGCUUUUAGAGGGUUUGUUUGCUUGGUGUGUUUACAGUACUCUAUAUCACGUACUAGACACACAGGUACAAGAAUAAAAGAAUAAAAGGAUU